AUGGAGAAACGUAUUCAUACAAGACGAUCACGAAGUCUUCCUUAUCGAAAUUAUUUACUUCAGUUUAAAUGGACUUUAUUGGUAUUUUGUUUUUUUGUAAGCAUCGUGUUAUUGAAUAAAGCGAAAUUGAAUUCGUUCGCAUUUUCAUCGAUUGAACAUAACGAUAAUGUUGAAUUUUCAUUUAUUGAUGUUAUUUAUCCAAUUGAUGUUUUAAAUCCAAAAGAUCUUAACAAAAGUAUUUCAUAUUAUUUUGCAAGAAAAGAAGAAUUAAAACUAAUUGACGAUGCGAAAGCAAUUGAUAGAAAAGAAAAAGUGGUUUUACCGUUGACGAAUAACAAAUUUCCAUCGAAAUCUUAUUUAAUACUUGAAUUUACACAUGUCUUUCAACGUCCACGAUUUUGUUCCCAUUCAAAAGAACAAAUCUUUGGCAAAACGUGUCCUUACAAAAAUUGUGAUUAUACAUGUGAUGAAAAGCACGAAGAAGAUGCUGAUGUACUUUUAAUGCACAAACGAGAUUUAGAUUUCAAGCAACUCACAGAAAUGACUAGAAAUUCCGAACAAAUAUGGCUUUUAUGGCAUGAUGAACCGAAUGAAAAUACAGCGGCAAUUAAUAAAUAUAAAUUCAAUUGGACAAUAACAUAUCGAACUAGUGCUGAAGCAUCUUUAGCUGCUUAUGGUAUUACAGUUGUUAAAGAAAAUCCAUGGCCAAUGGAAAAAUUAAGUUCAUGGAUUGAUAAAGAAUUCAAGAAAAGAUAUAAUCAAGCAGUCUGGUUUGUGUCCAAUUGUAAACCAAAAAAGCGUCUUGCAAAAUUUCAAUCAUUACGCCAACAUUAUCCAAUAGUAGCCUUUGGUAAAUGUAUUUCAUCGACCCAGUCAUAUUCUUUAAAUGCAAAUGUUCACUCUUCGAUUCAAUGUGGUCGCGAAUCGAAUUGUGAACACGUUUAUUUAUCAACAUCGAAAUUUUAUCUUGCUUUUGAAUCUCAGUCAUGUACAGAUUAUAUAACAGAAAAAUUCUGGCGUACACUUUCUGUAGGUGCUAUACCAAUUGUAAGUGGGCCCGAACAAAAAAGUUUUGCACGUGUUGCUCCACCCAAUUCAUUUGUUCAUGUUGAUGAUUAUGCCUCCGAUAAAGAACUGAGCGUAGCAUUAAAUUUGAUUGCUACAAAUCGAACACUAUAUGGUAAAUAUCAUGCAUGGAGGCGUUAUUAUGAUGCCUAUUAUCAAGCCAAAGAUGUUGAUCCAUAUCGAUUCUGUGAAUUAUGCUAUCGUUUAAAUACAAAUAAACAACGUAUUUGGUACGAAAAUAUUAAUGAUUGGUUUUUAGAGAAAUGUUGA